AUGCAGAAGCAGGUUAGAGAACGGAAGGCGGCGCUCACGGACACGGAUGGCCAGGAACGGUCGGAUGUCUUCAGCUUGCUUGUGCGUGCGAAUGAAGAGGACGGAAAGUUCACGCUGGACGCGGACGAGUUGAUUGGGAACGUAUUCGGGCUUUUGUUCGCUGGACAUGAAACAACGGCUCACGUACUCGCGGCAACGCUGGGUUUCCUUGCAAUAUAUCCUGACAUGCAACAGGAAGUGUACGAAGAAAUCGUUAAUGUCGUCGGUCUCGAACGUGAUACUUCCUUCGAUGACUUCAACAAUCUCGAAAAGGUCCUAAGCGUAUUCUACGAGGCUCUUCGACUCUAUCCGCCGGGCUACCUCAUGAUCCGUCAAGCCACCGAGGACACUAUACUCACUAUUCCGAACGCUCAAGGCGAAGAAGGCACUUGUACUAUCGCAAUCCAGGAAGGUGCAGAAGUGGUCGUCGAUAUGGUUGGCGUUCACUACAACCCGCGACAUUUCCCGGAACCGAACAAAUACAAGCCGAGCAGGUGGUAUGGAAACUUGCAGGAUCUCGAAGCCAUGACGGCGUUCAGUAUCGGUCCACGAGCCUGCAUAGGCAGAAAAUUCGCCGCUAUCGAAGCUGUCUGCUUCCUCACCCUCCUCCUCCGGGACUGGCGCGUCGAGCCUGCGCCGUCAUCUAUGAAGCCUGGAGAGACGGGAGAAGAGUGGAAGGAGAGGAUGAUGGAUGCAAAGGUAUUUCUGACGUUGGGGCCCGGAUCGGUGCCCGUCAGGUUGGUGAGGAGGGAGAAGUGA